AUGCCUAUACACGAACAACAAUUGAUAAAAACUGAACCUACACAGCUGCCGACACCAUCAAACAAGACCAAGUCACCGGAAACAUCAUUUUUAAAUACACAACAACCAGCAUCACCAUCACCAAAAGCAUCCUCGAGCGCCCAAAACCAGCAAACAACGCUGCUACCGACUCCGGAAGAUGGCCAACAAUGUUCCAAUUGUGGAACUACCAAAACACCACUUUGGCGACGAGCACCCGAUGGAACUCUUAUAUGUAACGCAUGUGGUCUUUACUUGAGAUCAAACCAUACCCAUCGUCCAGUAAAUUUGAAGCGACCACCAAAUACAAUUGCCAUCUCAAGGGAAGAAUUGGGCUCAUGUAAAGGUGAUGGACGGUGUAAUGGAACUGGUGGAUCAGCUGCUUGUCGUGGUUGUCCUGCUUAUAACAAUCGAAUAGUAGCCAAGAAACAGUUGUUGCAACUGCAUCUGCAACUGGACAAGUCGCCCAAGAUUGAAGAUGCUAUACUAAAACCCGAUAUGUCCGCGAAGGAAGAAGAUGUUACAAGAAGAGCUGGUGAAACUAAUGCACCAACUAAAUCACUGACUAAUAAUAAUAAUUAUCGCGAUGAUAUUGGCAAGCAAGACUCGGAACAGUCUGCAACUAGUGCAUCUGCACCAUCUAAUACUGAUUCUACCGAUGAAAAUUCGUUAGCUAUUGCUUGUUUCAAUUGUGAUACGACGAUAACACCUUUAUGGAGAAGAGAUGAUGCCGGUAAUACCAUUUGUAAUGCAUGUGGAUUGUUUUAUCGCUUACAUGGAUCACAUCGACCAAUCAAGAUGAAACGGUCAACAAUCAAACGGAGAAAGAGAAAUGUAUCUGAUCAUAAAUCAAAGGAAGAGUCAAAGGAUGUUAAAAGAUCAGUUAGUGAAACUUCUCCGCGGGGAACAGCCACGUCACCGACACCAGCAUCACCAGCAACAACAACUGGAACAUCAAUUCAGGUAUCUCCUUCAUUGCCAAAAACACACAUGCCACUUGCUUUGGCAGUACAAUCACAAGCACAAGUACAGACACAAGUAUCGAAUAGUGCAACACCACCACCACCUUCAUCAACUUCUUCUUUCCAUAAUAGACCAAUGUCACCAUCGUACAGUAGACUACCACCAUUCUCAUAUUCAAUUCCAUUCCAGAGGGCGUCUCCAUUAGGACAAACAAGUCAAGGCUCAACACCUCCACCUCCACUGACACAUCAACAAUUUCAGCUGAAACAACUACCGGUACUGGUAGUGACGACUGGUGCGCAAAUGAUGCCCUAUUCGUUGUAUCCCAGGUAUAGUGGUAACGGUCGAUUACCAAAUGGACCAGGCCCACUUCCAGGCCCACCACCACCAAUGCCACCAAUGCCACCGAUGCCAGCACAAGCAUUAGCACUAGCACCAUCACCACAAGUACAAGCACAAGCACCAGCACAAUCUUUUCAUGUACAAACACAGUUACAACCAAUGCAAAUGCAAUUACCGCUACAGGUUUCUCCAGCACCUCAGCCAGCAAUGUAUCAUCAAACACAUCAGUAUCAAACAGUUGAAUCACAACAACCGCAGCAGCAAGUUCCGCCACCAACACUACCACCAAUUCAUCGUCAACCCAAUGCAUCCGCUUCCAGUGGAUGUUGUUCCAGCUGUGGUGCAUCAAAGAGGACGCCUACACCCAUGGCCAUUGAUUUUACUGCCACAUACAAGAAAGAAACUAGUGCCCCUCCAGGAACUUCUACUCUCAGCAACCAAAAUGAUAGCGAAGGAGGAGGUGAUACUACUGCUGAUACAACAACAACCACUACCGUUGGUAAUACAACUGGUGAUGCUUCCGGUACCCCAUCGCCACUGGGUAGAAGAGGAGGAACAGGUCAACAAAAGAGAGCAUUGACGAUAGGUGGGUUAUUGAAUGAAUAG